AACGUUCCCCCCUCUCAAAAACCCACGACCACCGCGGCACAGCGCACUGCUUCUCUCAAGUUGUCAUUAUCAACCGCCAAAAACCUGGAGGCCGGAGCUGCUCCCUGUUUCUCUCUCUCUCUCUGAGUGAUUAGGCUCCAAUGGCUUCAUUGGACGAAGAAACCGCAAAAAAACUCCUUCGUCAGGUGGAGUUCUACUUCAGCGACAGCAAUUUACCUCGAGAUGAUUUCCUUAUGAAGAAAGUCUCUCAAGGCAAAGAUGGCAUGGUUAGUUUGGGCCUUGUAUGCUCAUUCUCUAGAAUCAGAGCUUUUUUGGGACUGGGUAAAAUAAGACAAGAUGACAUUCCCUAUAGGGUGCUAAAAUCAGUUGCUGAGAUUCUACGGAAAUCGGAUUUUCUUAAAGUUUCUGAUGAUGGGAAAAAGGUGGGUAGGGUUAAGGAGCUGUCAAAGCCAGAAGAAGUUAUUCAGCAAAUGGAUGAAAGAACAAUUGCUGCCUCGCCUUUUCAGUAUGAUGUUACGAUGGAAAAUGUGGAAUCUUUCUUUGCUAAAUUUAGCAAGGUUAAUAGUGUGAGGCUUCCUCGUCAUGUGGCAGACAAAAGGGUUUUUUGUGGCACGGCUUUGAUUGAGUUUUCUACAGAUGCAGAUGUGAAAGAUAUCUUCAAGCAAACUUUAGUUUACGCUGGAGCCAUUUUAGAGUUAAAGCCAAAAAAUGAGUUUGAUUCUGAGAGAGCAAAAUUGACAGAGCAAAUUGGGAAAGACUGCUCAAAUCAUAAGAAUAAUGCCAGCACAACAUCCAACUAUCCCAAAGGUUCAAUGGUUGCAUUUUCACUGAAGAGGAAAUCAACUAGGAAACCAGUAAAAAAUGGAGGCAAUGUUGAGCAAGUUACUGACAGUGGAGGUGUUUGUAAAGAAGACAAGAAUUUGGACUCCAAUGUUCGUGUUGUUAAAGGGAUUGAAAAUGUCUCUGACGAUAUUUCAGAAAGCCCACUGAAGGAAACUUGCAAAACAGUUGAAAAGAGUUGUCAGAUUGUCUCUCAAGAAAUUGUAAAUAGUGAAAAUAGCAUUUUGAAGACUAAAAAUAAUUCCAAAGAGAUCAUUUCUGAAGAGAGCAAGGCAGAGGAUCUGCAAGAUGCUAUUUUCGGUGAUAGAGACCAAUCUUCUGAAAGAGUUUGUCAAGUGAGUAAUGAGAAAGUAACCAGGGGGGGAGGGUGCACUACUUUUGUCCAUGGAGAAAAGGACAUUCUCUUGUGUGAGGACCUAAAGGAUGUCUUCCAAAGGUUCGGUGCUGUUAAGUGUGUUGACUAUCAUGAGGGAGCAGCUUCAGGUUGCAUUCAUUUUCAAGAACCAGAAGGAGCUAUAAAAGCCUGUGCUGCUGCAGAAUUUAUUGAAGAAGGUCUCAUUGUGAAGAAUUUCUUUGUUUCAUUUGAAGCAGUUAUUGCUAAGACUGAAGAGGAGCACUGGAAUAUGCAUGAUCUUAAGGAGGAAGGUUGCCAGGAAAGUAGAGAUGAUAGAAAACGGAAACACAAAUCCAGUAAAUGUGGAGGACAAUCUGAAGGCAGAAGCUCCCACUUAAAAGAGAGGAAAGGCAAAUCUAAUAAAGGUGGAAGACGGUCUGAAGGCAGAAGCUCCCACUCAAAAGAAAAUGAUUAUCCAACCCAGCGGCCAACAAAAGCUCAGAAGGUCACAACUGUUUAGGAUUUUAAUGAGGUCUUAAAUUUUUAGAAAUCAUUGCCCAUGAAUGCAAUUUUGCAAACAGUUGUCGAUCAGUAGCACAAUUUAUCUUAAGAAAACAAAUUUAUGUCAGGCAUUUUGUCAAAGCAACUCCUGUAAGAUCAUACUUGACAUUUGAUGAAUGCUUAGAAGUCACUGCAUUAUAUGA